UAUCAGAUACAUGGACUUGGUGGCAGAGGAAACCGUUAUCGACCAGCAAUUGCAAGAACCACCUUACAGCGGCGGAAGUCCAGCAAUCCUCUCGCACAUAAUUAUGUCCGCGCGCUUGUGUGGGGUAAUCAGAAGUACGACGGCAAGUGUAUUUCUAAUGCUUAGCACGAUGCGCCGACCGUCGAUCCAAAAAGUGUACGAUACGCGUUAUAUGUGUUAACAGGUUCGUUCUGGACUUCUCUACAACAAGUAUGAACUUGCCAUUGUCAAAAACAGAGAAAGAGAGGAGAUUAGUAAUAGAGUGAUGAAAGGAAACCGGAAUCUACUGAUGCUUCAGCCUUCGCCAUACGUUAUACAGGUUAUAGGCUUCUGUGAAGAGCCACCCAACUCAACAGUAUUAACGGAAUCGUGUGAAAAAUGCGCAGAUUUGAAUAAGAUACUUAAAAGGGGUCAACGCAGUUCCAGCAAAAGGUACAGUGGUCAGCAAAGAUUUGAAUGGGCAACGAAAAUCGUUGGUGCGUUCGAUUAUUUACACCAUGGACUCGGGUUGCCGAGGCUGCACUGUGAUCUCCAUUUUCUGCCACAGGCAUUCAAUCAAUUCAUCGUUACCAAAGACCAUUCUUUAUUCAUGAGUGAUGUAGACGAGAUACCACAGGUGGACAAGAAGAAUGGGGAAUACGCUACAUGCCAUCGGGAGAUAGGAGGAAUAAUGAAACAGCCUCAUUUCAUACCACCUGAGCAGAGAUACACAGCCAAGGAAUAUAAAAACAAAGAGCCUUGCAAACCGGUCGAUGAAAAAUCUGAUAUUUGGAAGAUUCCUGACAUUACAAGAAAAUUAAUGGAAGGAUCAAAAAUGAAAGAAUUGUAUUGUGUACUUUAUGCUUUUUAA